AUGAGCAAAAGAAAGAGUGGUGACAACUUGAAUGUUGAAUUAUUUGAAAAUGAUGAUUACAUCGAGGCUGUACUUAUACCUGAUCCAGAUGAUUCGGGUUCUGGCGGUUCAGGUAAUGAAGAUAAUAAUGAUGAUGUUGAAACUGAAAGUAACGAUGACGAUGAAAAUGAAGAUGACGAAGAUGAAAGUGACCUAACUAAUUCUUUACAAUUAACUUCAUUUCGUACUGUAUUAGAUGGUUAUGAUUCGAAACAAAAAAAGCUAGAACCAGAUCAUAAAUAUGAUUGGAUGACUGGAGAAUGUACAUAUAAUGAUAUUAUGACGAAUGAUAUCUUACUUAUUGUUAGUGAUAUGCAGAAGAAGCAUAUAUUAUCUCUUUCUCUUAUUGAAUUAUUUGAAGAUUAUUUUUCCAUCUCUUUCAAGCAGUAUAUAAUUGAUGCUACUGUACAGCAUGGUUACAAUUUAUCAGCAGAUAGAUUAGAUGUUUUUUUAGGAAUUGUCAUUUUUACAAGUUUUAACGGGCGCAAUUCUCAGCGAGAUUAUUGGUCCACUGAUACACUUCUUCGAUCAGAUGUUAUUUGUGAUGCAAUGGGGCAGAGGGAAUUAGAAAGCAUAAAAAAACAUGUAAAGACUACGAAAUCUGGCGAUGAGAAUAGCAAUGAUAGAAUAUGGAAAGUUAGAAAAGUUUUAGAUAUAUUUAAUAAUAACUUGAAAAAGUACGGUUAUUUUUCUACGGCUUUGAGUAUCGAUGAAAUGAUGAUUAAAUUUUAUGGUCGAAGUUUACUGAAACAGUUUAUAAAAACAAAACCAAUCAGAUUUGGAAUCAAAAUGUGGGCAUUGUGCAGUUCGGAUGACUUGUUAGUUUAUUUGAAGAGAUUAGAUAUCAAAGCAACAGGAACAGUUUAUAAAGAUCGUAUAACUGAGUCUAUUAACAUUGAUAAGAAUGCUGCUAGAGGAACAUUUGCAGUAAAACAUAAUAAGGUGAGUGGAGUAAAUUUUAUUACCGUAGUCGAUUCUAAACAAGUAUCUAUUCUUUCUACAGCAGCUGGUGUUACGCCCCUUGCUUCUGUUAACAGAGUAAAUGAAGGUAAACCGAAGAAAAGUACAAAAGACAUUGCAAUGUCUAUUGCAAAAGAGUAUUUAGCUAAGUCUCAUCAAACUCCAAAACAAUUACAUCAAUUUACAGAUCAUAAAAAUUUACAAUAUUGUCACGGCUGCGAGAUAAGAUCAAGAAAGUUUUGCAUUGACUGUCAGGCAUACUUUUGUGAGAACUGUUUACAGAAAACACACUAA